UAGAAUAUUGCCAGCAUGCUAUUUGCUCCUUAGUAACUAGCCCUCUUUUACUUCUCAUCUUCAGCGGUGCCAAGUACGUUCAUCUCAAAAAAUGGCUGCUCAAAACUUAGCAUUGGAUAGCUUCUGGGUGGAUAAGUCUAAGUUUGAUGAAAGUGAGAUUCAGUACUUUGAGCGUUUAGGAAGUGCACUGUUAACUCCUCUGGCUGAUGAGGUUGCUAAAGCGAGACAGCGGUUAAUUGAAAUUAGGGAAAAUAUGGAUGAUGAGUUGUCGGCAGGUAAUAGCAGUCCACAACCUCUGCUCAUUACUGACUUCUUGGACUGUAGUAACUUGAAUACACCAGAAUUGGUUGAAUCUACACAUAUAGUUGACUCGGGUGUUAGCACAAUGGGUUUAAUGGAGAAUGAAACCAUGAUGUUCAUAGAGAAAAAAAUGUCUGAAUUUAGUAACAUGAUCUUGAACAUCCAAAAUCAGAUGAUGAAAUUCAAUGAGAGGUUGGUCUCCAUGGAAAGCAUGAUGGGAUCAAAGACGGAAUCUUGUCCAAUGGUUUGCCCGAAAGCCCAAGUCUGUAAGAAGGCUGCACCAGUCGAAGAGGAGGAUGAUGAUGACGUGGACCUCUUUGACUCUGACUCUGAAGAUGAUGAAGUCGCAGCAAAGCUUAAAGAGGACCGUCUCAGCGCUUACAACGCAAAGAAAUCAAAGAAACCUGCGUUGAUCGCUAAGUCCAGUAUCAUUUUGGACGUGAAGCCCUGGGACGAUGAAACCGACAUGAAGUUGUUGGAAGGUGAAGUUAGAAAAAUCGUUAUGGAUGGUAUGCUUUGGGGCGCCUCCAAACUUGUGCCUUUGGCUUACGGUAUCCACAAGUUGCAAAUCAACUGCGUUGUGGAAGAUGAAAAAGUAUCAAUUGAUGCCCUGCAAGAGCAAAUCGAAAGUAUCGAAGACUACGUCCAGAGCGUUGACAUCGCUGCCUUCAAUAAGAUCUAAGAAGCUAGUCAUGUCAUCAUAUAUUCAUAAUUAUUCCCUGUUGCUCCGGUUUUUCUAAUUUAUAUUAUUACCAGUUUUUACUUUCCGUGAAUCUUUUGCCUCAAUAAAAACUUGUUUAUUUAA